AUGUCUACUGCUGCUGCCGGUCCUGCCAACGACGCGAACCGCCCCUGCAUCUUCCCUGAGAAGCCUCAGCAGGUCUUGAUCUCCAAGGAAACCCUCGAAAGACUUCAGAGGGAGGCUGCUAGAGCUGGGAGCAACCCGGAAGCCUCAUCCGCCAGAGAGAACUCGGACUCGACGUGGACAGCGAUCCCAACCGAGGGUCAUGCUACUAGACACGAUAGCACACUGAUUGCUCGCUAUCAUCAAGGUGAGCCUACCGUCGAGAACGAGGGUUCAUCGACAACACCUACUUCGCAGUUAGACAUCGAUCAGCCACCUGAAUCCAGAUAUGGCUCUCGCGCUGUUAGUGUGCUUGACGAGAGUGAUCGCAAUCAACCCAUCAUCAACCCUCUAGUCUCUGGUCAAUCUUCAUAUGCUGCGGUAAAUACAGGGCAAGCACUUCUUCUUGGUAGCUCGUCGAAUUGGUCGUUCGGUCGAAGAGCCCUCGCGCUGGUUCACAACGCGGUCUUCGCAAGCCCACUAGUGGAAUCGGAUCUCCACUAUGAUGGCUCAACCUACGACCUUGGAUGGGAUGGACGUCGAACCGCGCUGAACGUUACACUGCCAGCGUUACCAACUGUAGAUCACGCCUUAUUCCUCAUCAAUACAGUGAAGUUUCACUGUGGGCAAUUGUUUCACGUCUUUGACAACGAGAUCUUUAUGCGCCAUUUCAACGCAUUCCACGCAAAAGGGGCAGACGCUAGCGCAUGCCCUGAGCUAUGGUACAUUCAUUACCUGAUAGUACUUGCUAUUGGAAAAUCACUCAUUGGUCAAGCGAUGCGCACCGCCAUAGCCUUUGGCUUCCAUACUGACAUGCCCCUGCACCAGCAUUCACCCAAUAUUAUCGAGCGAUGUCGCCAGAUAUGGUGGACAGUGUAUAUUCUAGACUCACACAUGUCCGCUUUGAUGGGCGUACCGAGGACGAUAAACGAGCGGGACAUCAGCACCCAACUCCCUAGAUUCAACCACUCAGCUUAUAGGACUCGCGCUCUGCACAUACACAUCCAACUCGCCAACAUUGAAGGAUCUAUACAGCAAAAAGCCGUAUAUAGCAGAGAAGGACGGACGGGGAUCAAUUUUCUCAACAGUAUCAAGAACGCACUCAAAGCAUUGGCUGCUAUCAACGACGAGCGAACUUCCAGCUUUCCACUAGGGCUGGACGAUUCCGAAAAUGGCAUAUCGAGACUGUCUGCUCAUCUCCAUCUUUUCCACCAUCAUGUAGGCAAGAUCCAUUCUUCGCGACCCGAGCCAUUGCUAACUGUCACAACCAACCAGUGUAUAAUAUUAAAUACCAAACCAUUGCUGUUCAGCUUCCUACAAAAGCGAGUGGAAGCCUUGCGACCGAUUCGCAUCCCUUCUUCUGGAGGAGUUCGAUCAUUACUACGGGUCUGUGUUGGCUCGGCUCGACAAACAACCAAGAUUCUCGCUGCUUUGCAGAGUCAAACUCUGAUCGACACCUUUGUGCCUUUCGAUCUGGAAUCGACUUGGUCUGCAGCAUUGGUGCUUUUGAUCGCAUCAGUCGUCGAUCCUUCCCUUGUGCACGAUACUGCGUCAUCGCUGAAAAUCACUUUCGAUGUGCUCAACGACAUGUCCGCAGUAGGCAACAGCGUGGCAACUUCUCGGCGUGCGGAGCUGGAACGAUUGAAGCACACGCUGAAGGCGCUGGAAAACAUGGGCCAGCAAGCGCCAAUACACACCUCUCCGCCAGCGGCCGCAUCGGACGAGCCUUUGGCAAUGGCAACGAUGAAUCCGAAUCACCCUGGUACAGUCAGGUCGGGAUACUCUGACAUUGAGUACAUGUCAGCGCAUAGCUGGGAUAUGGAAGAUGUUCUGAACAGCGCACAACUGGAGGCUGUCGCUGAAUCAAUGAACUUGAAUGGGCUGGACUGGGGUUGGGCGGCGAGCGCGCUGGAUCAACUCGAUCCUUCUCUGCUGUAA